CUGCACUCCCCCCAUAGCUCCCACCUCCCACACUCUGCACUCCCCCCCCCCAUAGCUCCCACCACUCACACCUCUGCACUCCUCCCAUAGUUCCAAGCUACCUUGAAGUAGAAUUUGGAGAACCACACAGCUCCUAGGUGGCCCUCCAAGUUUUACUUUUAGGCCAAUGGCCUAUCAGUUACUCCCUUAAGCUUUUACAGGUGAUGAGUGAGAGCCAGGGAAUGCAGGUGUGGAUUCCAGAAGCCAGGUCCUGCUACAGAGAAUGUUCUUGGGCAGAUGAAUCCAAAUAUGCACCUGGUUUCAAAACCUGGCUCCAAGCCACAAUGGCAUUGAGCAAGUUCCAUAACCUCUCCUGGCUUCUAUUUCCUAUUUCACUGAACGCUAUAUUGAUUUUUGCAGUUAAAUGAGCUGAAGUUCUACCUUCAGUGCUCUGUGCUGCUGGACUUAGUAGAUCAGUGUCCGCAGAGGGAGACCAGCUGGAGCCCAGAACAAGAGCUGAGUGGACAGCAGACACCCGGAGCCUAUAGUCCAUCUAGCAGGCUGCCUUGUGCCCCGCCCACACCAUGCAUCACCAGUCCAUACUACACAGCGGCUACUUCCACCCACUGCUUCGGACCUGGCAGGCCUCUGCCUCCACCAUCAGUGCCUCCAACCUCAUCUAUCCCAUCUUUGUCACGGAUGUUCCUGAUGAUGUCCAGCCUAUUGCCAGCCUCCCAGGAGUGGCCAGGUAUGGCGUGAACCGGCUAGAGGACAUGCUGAGACCCCUGGUGGGAGCAGGCCUGCGCGCUGUCCUGAUCUUUGGUGUCCCCAGCACAGUUCCCAAGGACGAACAGGGCUCUGCAGCUGACUCUGAGGACUCCCCGGCUGUUGAGGCCAUCCGCUUGUUGAGGAAGACCUUCCCUGACCUCUUAGUGGCCUGUGAUGUUUGCCUGUGCCCCUACACCUCCCAUGGUCACUGUGGCCUCCUGAGUGAGAAAGGAGCAUUCCUAGCUGAGGAAAGCCGACAGCGGUUGGCAGAGGUGGCACUGGCCUAUGCCAAGGCAGGAUGUCAGGUUGUAGCUCCAUCAGACAUGAUGGACGGACGUGUCGAAGCCAUCAAGACUGCCCUGCUAAAACACGGACUUGGCAACAGGGUCUCUGUGAUGAGCUAUAGUGCCAAAUUUGCCUCCUGUUUCUAUGGCCCUUUCCGGGAUGCAGCUCAGUCGAGCCCAGCUUUUGGGGACCGCCGCUGUUAUCAGCUGCCUCCUGGAGCACGUGGCCUGGCCCUCCGUGCAGUCGCCCGGGACAUUCGGGAAGGAGCUGACAUGCUCAUGGUGAAGCCAGGAUUGCCCUACCUGGAUGUGGUGCGGGAGGUGAAGGACAAGCACCCCGAGCUCCCCCUCGCGGUAUACCAGGUGUCAGGAGAGUUUGCCAUGUUGUGGCACGGAGCCCAGGCUGGGGCCUUUGAUCUCAGGACUGCUGUACUGGAGGCUGUGACUGCCUUCCGCAGAGCUGGUGCCGACAUUAUCAUCACCUACUUUACACCCCAGUUGCUGAAGUGGCUAAAGGAAGAGUGAUGGAGAGUAUAGGAUUUGAUCUUGACAAAGCUCCUUGGGCCUUGAGUGAAACCAAAGUAAAUGCUGGAACUGUG